AUGUCGACCGUCUUCGUUAAAUCCUUCACACAUCUGAAGGACAGGCCAAAGGCUGACAGAGCUUUACCGCUACUGCAGCGCAUCGCUUCGCUGGUCAAGCCGAUUAUGCGCAAGCACGGUUGGGUACUGCCUGUGCUUGCCGAAUUCUUUCCUGAAAGCCCAAAUCUACUAGACAUAAACGGCGGCCAGAGGAUCCUUCUGCGGCUUCGCCCAGCGCAUGCUCCAGAUACAUUUUAUGACGAGGAGUUUGUUGUGAAAACCAUGCUGCAUGAGCUCACGCACAACGAACACGGACCUCACGACGAGAAAUUCUACAAAUUUCUCUCGGAAUUGGAGGAUGAGUACGAUACGCUGAAGCGAUCUGGCUACGCGGGAGAAGGGUUCUUCUCACCCGGGCAAAAGCUUGGUUACAAUGUGUCGCACAACCUACCUCCGCACCUUGCACGGCAGAAGGCCCUGGAAGCGGCCGAGAAACGCAGGCAAGUCAAUCUCAUCAUGAGCGGUGGAGGCCGUCUAGGUGGCCCGAACGUUCGGACGCGGGUUCACAAAUUGCCACGAGAGCUUGCUGCAGAGGCUGCAGAAAGACGGGCCCGAGACGAGAAGGCAUGUGCAUUGGGUGCAGUCGCUCAGCGAGAGGCAGAUAAAGCUGCUAAGGAGAGUGUCGAGAACAAGGUUAUUGACCUGACCAACGAGUCGGACUCGGAGCCCGAAAACGGCACCCUGGGUGGGCCAUCGGAAAUUGCUGCCAGGUCUAAUGGUAGUCGUCCCGCACGGUCUGCGGUUGGAUCGUCGUCGAGGGGUGCCGCAAGUCACGCGGUUGGGUCGUCGUCAGCUACACUCGUAAAGCAGGCAACCCCUGCAUCGCAGCAAUGGCCGUGCCCUCAAUGCACUCUUCUCAACGAGCCGCAGACUCAACGGUGUGAGGUCUGCGACUUCACCCGGCCGAUUGCACGACAGGAGAUAAUUGUGCUGACACAACGCAUCUGA